AUGCCAACUCCGGCCCAAAACUUGCAAGACCGCGCAGAUGUCACUGCCCGUCUCUAUGCAGACCCCCAUAACCCACACUUGCACCUGGAGCGCGGACUGGUCCAUCAGCGUUUGGGGUUCGCGGAUCUGGCUUCGGCCGAUGCGUACAGGGCGCUCUCGUUACUGGAUUCUGUCCUGGAUCCGGAAGGGUGUGAGUUUCAUGCGCGGAGGAAGUUACAUUCUGAUGUAGCUACAGAGCAAGACGAGGAAGACGAUGAAGAUGAAGAUGAAGAUGAAGCAUUCGAAUCCAUUACAGAAACCGAAUUCAAUGAGAUCAUUGGGCCGGUGUAUGCGCUUCUCGUGAAGAGUCUUGUCCGGUGCGGGUGUCUCCGUGAUGCGUACGAGUUUGCGGUGCGGGGAUUGGCCGUUUUGCAGAAUUUGGAGGUGGCCAUUGAGUCUGUUUCUUCGGCGAAGAGGGUUCUACUGGCGCAGAUCGAAGUCAUCAAGAGGAGAUAUUAUGGACGAAACCCUUCUGGAAUGGGCAUUGAUAUCCAGAAGCUCAAUGCCCAGGGUUCUGCCCGGAGAAUCCUCUACCCCUGGAACGAGCAUGAACCGGACCGGAAAGCGCCCGACACCUUGCUGCUCCUGAAUGAGCGGUUGAAGGAUGUUGCCCCGAAAUGUGAGGUUCGCGCUGUUGCCUUGCCGGCGCUACAUUCGACUACUGCCACCACCACCACCACCACCACCGCAGACCAGGAAACCCCUCCGAAAGACAACGACAAAGAGCAAGAAGACGGAGAAGUCUCUAUCCAACUCGGCCUCUUCGCCAAAGAAGACCUCUUCCCUGGCGAAACCAUCCUCCACGAAACCUCGCUCCUCACAGCGACAAACCGUCUCCACGACGACCUAUGCGACGCCUGUAACGGUCCCCUGCCGAAUCUUGGAUCGUCAACUUCACCAAUCGCCUGCGCAGGCUGCGACGACACCAUCUUCUGCUCUGCGUCCUGCCAUGACCGGGCGCAGGAGAUCUACCACGGCGCGGUCUGCGGCCUCAUGGAGGGCCUCGAGUCCAUAGGAAAGGACAUCCCCGAUGCCAAGGACAAAGCAGAUUAUCUCUAUCUGUUACUGCUGGGGCGGGCGAUAGCCAUGGCGGCAACGCAGGAGAUGCACCCAUUAGACCUCCCAGAAGUGAAGUAUAUCUGGGGGGAUUUCCAUGACUUCCAACCUUCUUCCCUUGCACACUCGGGUUCCAGUUCCGCAACCCUCCCCUUCAGCUUCCACCUCAACAUCCUCCAACCCAUGCGCAUCCUCGAAGAAAUGGAACUAGACCCCUACACCACCCUCCCGCUCUACGAUACCUGGGUCCUGAACACCCUUUACGCCAAGUUCCGCGGCACGGCGUCGGGCCGCCUCUCGACCUGGGACGGCGGACCUGAGCUCUGCGCCGUCCAUCCGCUGUGGUGCUUAGCGAACCAUUCCUGUGAUCCGAACGUGAAGUGGGAGUGGGGGGGCGAGAUUACGUUUCGGGUGAGGGGGGCAGAGGAGCGGGCUGUUUGGACGAAGUCGAAGUCGAAGUCGAGGACGGAGACUGCGACUGCGACUGCGACUGCGACUGAGAAAUCACAGGGAAUCAAGAACUGGAACGGUAUUCGGAAAGACGAGGAGAUUCUGAAUCAUUACUGUGAUAUUGGGCUGGAUGUUAAGGAGCGGAGGGAGUGGGCGAGGGGCGCCCUGGGGGGGGGGUGUUUAUGUGAGAGGUGUAUUUGGGAGGCUGGGGGUGAUUGUUAA